AUGGCCGACUACUUUGACGAGCUGGGCUGCGAACCGAUCGCGCCGGAACAGGCCCAGAACCACCAGCUGCUGCUGAUGGUGCGCUUCCUGCAGCAGAACGGCUUCUUCGCCGACGACCUCAACACGGACCAACUGCCGCCGCCGGCCUCGAAGGCGCUGGUGGCGGCGCUGCCGGAGCGGCAGGUGGCGGCCGACGACGAGCGGUGCGCCAUCUGCAUCAAGCCGAACGACCCGGACGGCGACAAUGAGGCGUUCCUGGUGCUGCCGUGCGGGCAUGAUUUCCACAAGAGUUGCAUUGUGCCGUGGCUGGAGAAGACCAACAGCUGUCCGCUGUGCCGGCACGAGAUGAAGACGGACGACGAGGGCUACGAGGAGCAGAAGAAGUUCCGGGAGAGGGCGGCACGGCGCGAGCAGGAGCUGGAGGAGCUGCACAACUCGAUGUAUGGUUGA